UCGUUGCCUACUAUGGUAUUAACCUUUCAUAUCGUGACGGUGUAAAAUUAUUUAUUUUUUAUUUGAUAUUAAUAUUUUAAAACUUUUUGAUAAAAUGUAAAUAUAUUUUGUUUAUUUAGUUCCUUUUAUUAAUUAUUCUGAUAUUAUAAACGAUAAUUAAUAUCAUGGAAAUCUGUGUUCCUGAACUAUGCAAACCACAACCGCAAUCAAUUAUCGAGGCAACGAAGAAAAUUAAGUUGAAUCACGAUGAAUGCUGUAACUGCUGCUGUUGUACAAAUCAACGUGUGUGUUAUAAAUAUGUGCAGCCAGAAAUACCGAAACCCUAUACCCCAAUUCGUCAUUUUUGGAAAUCAGGUUUACCAAUGGAUAAUAAUACUACAUAUCGACUUUCAUAUUGGGAAUGUCCAAGUGUUGGUGUGGAACCUAUUCGACCACGAGAUUGGUUAGUUACUGGUGAUGGCGAAAUAUCCGAUAAUACAACAUACAAAUCUAGUUACUUCAGUCAUCCAUGUGUAAAACCUGAUGCACCUUGUAUACCUUGUGAGAAACAAUGGCUUGGUAAAGGUCCUAUGCAGGAUGUUACAACUCAGAAACAUGAUUUUACAUGGAAGUCCAUUCCGCAAAUAGAACCUUAUAAAGCAGAACAUAAUUUAUUCUGUCCUCCUGCUCCGUUACUCGACGAUACAACAUAUAAAUUAAGUUACUUUGAAUCUGAUUGUGCUUCCAAAAUACCUCCACCAUCUUAUGCUCCCAUAAGAAAAUAUGUUAAAUCUGAUAUUCCAAUGGAAGAUUACACGACAUAUAAACUUAGUUAUUGGCCAACUGAAGCGAAGAAGGAAGAACCUUCCUGGGGCAAAAAAGAAUAUAUGCCACCAGUAGAACCACUAGAGGGUUGCACAACUUAUAAAUUAAGUUAUUGGCCACAAACAAUAGAAAAACGUUCACCAAUAAUAAUACCGGAAAACGAUAAUCUUUUAAGUGCUGGUUGUUGCACAGACGAUAAUACAACUUACCGUUUAAGUUAUUUUGGUUGUGGAGGGGAUAAACGAAAUCCUAUAAUACAACCUAAUAGUAUUGAAUUUUCAUCUUGUCCUUUGUCUUAUGAUACCACUCAUCGUAUGAGUUUCUUAGGUAAUUGGUGUUUCAAAACAGAACCUCCAAUUUUACCUUGUGAGAAACAAUGGUUAGGUCGUGGGCCCAUACAAGAUAUAACUACACAAAAACAUGAUUAUACAUGGAAAAAUAUACCAUUAGAUCCAGAUCUUCGUUACCAUGACAAUCUUGUUCCUGCAACUUCACCUAUUGAAAGUUGUACUACAUAUAGACUCUCCUAUUUCGAAAAUGAUCUUAAAUCAUUAAUACCUCCUCAAAAAUAUGCACCUGUACGUUCUUGUCGUCCAUCAGAUAUUCCAUUUGAAUCAGAUACUACUAUGCAGUUGAGUUAUCAACCUGUGGAAAGUAUAGUUCCAGUUGAAAAACCUUGGGCUGAAAAGCCUCCUUAUCAACUUCCAGUUAUUCCAAUGGAAGAUAAUACUACAUAUAACACAAGGUUUUUAAUUCUAUUCAAAUUAUUUAUAUCUUCUGAGUUCACAUCAUCACAAACAAGUCUAAAGAAAUUAAUUUUAUAUGAUAUAUACAAAAUGCUUUAGUUGAACAUUUUGAUAUU